CAGUGGUGAUAACAGAACUAUAGUUUAAUAAAAUUAACUACAAUGCCAGAAUCGUUUGAAACUUAUGAGUCAGAGUUCCAGUUGGCUUUACAAGAAGCUAAAACCAAGAUAGCUCAGAUAAAUUCUGUUGAUGCAGAACAACGGAAAACACAACUAAAGGCAAUCGAAGCUGCUUCGGAUGAAGCCUUGGAAGUUCUUGACCAAAUGGGAAUAGAAGUGUUGAACCUCCCUUCGAACCAAAGAUCUUCGUACAAUUCCAAAAUACGUCAAUAUAGAUCUCAAAUAGACGAAACCAAGCAUAAAUACAAGGAGCUUUUAGACUCUCAAGACAAGUACGAAUUGUUUGGAAACAGAUACACCGAUCAGGAAUUUGAGUCUGGAGGUUUACAAGAUCAGCAAAGAAAGCAAUUGUUGAAUUCGAAUGCCUCGCUUGAGAGAUCGUCACAGAGAUUGCAAGAAAGUCAAAGGGUGGCGUUGGAAACCGAGGCUAUUGGAGGAAACAUCCUUAAUGACUUGAGAUCUCAAAGAGAACAAAUCAGCGGUGCUAGAAACACCCUCCUGCAAGCAGACAACUAUGUUGACAAGUCUAUACAGACUUUGAAGUCGAUGUCUAGACGGUUGACGGCGAAUAAGUUUAUCAGUUACGGAAUUAUUGCAGUUUUGAUUUUGUUGAUAUUUUUAGUUCUUGCCAGUAAGUUCUCAUAGGCUUGUCUACAUCUUUUUUAAUUCUUAACUUUAGCUUGUUCUUAUCUAAUAAACAUAUAUCUGUUG